AUGCCCAAGUCGCCGUUGAUUGUGCCCAAGGAGGCCGUCACUACUACCGAAGAGCAGCUGCGCGCCAAGCUGGACGCCAUUUACCAGCAGCACCGCCUGAACCAGUUUGAGCAGGCCAUUGGCUACACCUUCAAGGACAAGGCCUACCUGGUGCAGGCCUUCACGCACAACAGCUACUACGAGAACACGGUCACCGACUGCUACCAGCGGCUGGAGUUUCUCGGCGACGCCGUCCUCGACUACCUCAUCACGCGCUACCUCUACGAGGACCCGCGCUGCCACUCGCCGGGCACGCUCACCGACCUGCGCUCCGCCCUGGUGAACAACACCUUCUUCGCCAGCCUCGCCGUCAAGUACAGCUUCAACAAGUACCUGAUGGAGCUCAGCCACGAGCUGUUUCGCGUCGUCGACGGCUUUGUAGAAGGAGAGGUGGGGGAGGAGGAGGAUCCGAGCAAGCGCAGCUGCGUCUACUGGGAGCUCUUUAUCAGCGAAAAUGAGGCGGAACACCUGGAGGACAUUGAGGUGCCGAAGGCGCUGGGCGACAUCUUCGAGUCGGUGGCCGGGGCCAUUUUCCUCGACUCGGGCAUGAGCCUUGACGCCGUCUGGAAUGCCUACUACCCCAUGAUGAAGCCGGAAAUUGAGUACUUCAGCUACAAUGUGCCAAAGUCGCCGAUUCGUGUUCUGCUCGAGAAGCAGCCGCAAAGUGCCAAGUUUGGAAAACCGGAGAUCACCUCAGGCCGCAAGAUUCGCGUCUCGGUGGAGGUUUUCAAUGUGGGCAAGUUUGUCGGCGUCGGACGCAAUAAGCGCAUUGCCAAGUGCACGGCCGCCAAGCGAGCGCUUCGAGCGCUGAAGAUCAUUGAUGACCACCAGCGAAAGCGGGCGGAGGAGCUGAUGGGCGCGAAUCGCGCCUAUGAAACUCAGGAUGCAUUCAGCGAAGAGGCGGGCUUCAAGUUCAGCGAAGAGCCCUUGCCGCGAUAG